AUGGGAUCUUCCGAAGCUAGCACACGUCGUCGAGUAAAGUUGUACAUGUUAAAUGAUGAACGGCAAUGGGAUGAUAAGGGCACUGGUCACGUGUCAGCAUUGUAUACUGAGCAGGAGAACAUGGCUCUAGUAGUGAUUUCAGAGACAGAUGGGUCUUAUCUUCUUGAGUCAAAAAUACAGCCAGAUACAGCGUAUCAAAAGCAGCAAGAAACACUAAUUGUUUGGUCAGAAGGUGAAAAUAUGGAUUUAGCUCUAUCUUUCCAAGAAAAAGUUGGUUGUGAUGAUGUAUGGGAAAAAAUUUGUGCUGUACAGGGUAAGGAUCCAUCGGUAGAGAUUACUCAAGAGGUUGUUGACGAGUCAGAUGACGUUGAUGACACGGAUGGGUAUACACCUACAAUGAUGCAAAGUAUUCAACCUCUUAGUCUUCCACCUUGUGAACUGAGCCGUCUUGAAGAAGUUGUUGACCUUGUUAGUCAAGCUGUCGCAUCACCUCCGAAACGCGAGCGAUUGGUGGCCUUUUUAGAGUCGACUAAUUAUCUCCAUCAGUUAGUCGAUGUCUUUCACAAAGCAGAAGAUCUGGAAGAUAUGGAAUCGUUGCAUCAUCUUUACGAAAUAAUGCGACAACUUAUAUUGGUAAACAAACAUAGCCUUUAUGAAAAUUUAUUCGCUGAUGAUAUGCUGUUGGAUGUGAUUGGUAUUUUAGAAUACAAUCCUUCUGGGCGCACUAAACAUCGUGAUUUUCUCAGAAAUAAGGCUACUUUCAAAGAAGUUUUGCCUUUGCAUAAUACAGAUUUAGUAACAAAAAUACAUCAAACAUAUCGUGUUCAGUACAUACAAGACUGCUGUCUCCCACCUCCUUGUUUAUUCGACGAACACACUCUUUCCCAACUUAAAGCAUUUGUUUCUAUAAACAAGAUGGAGAUUAUUCGGGCUCUUCAGGAAGAUGAAGAGUUUAUGUGUCGACUUUUUACACGUUUGAAAGCGGCGGAUACAGAUCUGACUCAUCGCAGAGACCUAUCGCUCUUUGUAAAGGAAUUUUGUAAUAUUUCCAUCCAGACAGAUCAAAAAGAAAGUUUUCUCAGUUGUUUACUUCAACACGGAGCACUAAGAACAGCUGAAGUAUUGCUCGCAAUUGAUGAUCGAGAUAUAAAGUCAGCUGCUCUCGAAAUUCUCCAGGCAUUUAUUGAGCACCAGCCUUCUGUUGUACGUGAAUAUGUCUUCCGAGAAACUGCUCCGUUCCGAAAAGACGAUGAAUUACUCAUUAAUCUUAUGAUAAGUCAAUUACUCACUGAUCCAGAUCCAGAACUAAGUGAUGCUUUCCUUUUGGGUUACAUGUUGCGCAUUCUUAUCGAUCCAGACAAUAUGAACAAUUCCGGUGUUCGUAGCGAAAAAACAGAUUUUCUCAGUUUUUUCUAUAAACGAUGCAUCAAUACACUUGUUCGUCCAUUAUUUGAUAACACGUCAAAAGAUACACUAGAGAAAGAUGAUUAUCACACCGCAUUAGUUUUGAACCAUAUAAUUGAAUUACUCACAUUCUGUAUUGAAACGCAUACAUACCACAUGAAGAAUUACUGUUUUAAUCGUGAUCUUCUGAAACGAGUUCUCGUUUUAUUGCUAUCAUCUCAUAAAUUCCUUGUACUAGCUGCUUUGCGCCUUCUAAGACGUGUUGUCCAUAUGAAAGAAGAAUUUUACAAUCGUUAUUUGAUCAAAAACAAUCUUUUUAAACCAGUUUUGAAGCUUUUCGUUUCCAACGGAUAUCGUUACAACCUGUUGGACUCAGCUAUUAUCGAACUUUUUGACUAUAUUCGCUCUGAAGAAAUAACUUCAUUAAUUACCCAUAUAAUAGAAAAUUAUUGGGAUAUUUUGAAAAAUAUAAAUUACGUACAAACGUUUACCGAUCUAAAACGAACAUACGAUCACAGUCAUCGUUCAGUUAGGACUGUUGUUGGAACUGUGAACCAGCAAGCGACAUUAGAUGUGCUUUCUUUGACUUCUACGCGUUUCCAACGUGAUGCACGCGCACUAGAGAUGGAAGAAGAGCAAUGGUUUGAUCAGGAUGAAGAUGAGGAAGAGGAAGAAGAUGGAGAUAAUUUAUUCCCACAACACUCGCCAACAUUGCUCAAUAGAACGACAAAUGCUUCUGCUAGUGCAAGUGAAUCUGCUGUUGGAAGUGGUUUGUCAAAUCUCCCUUCAUAUGGGCUACAUUCUGUAAUCACUACUUCGUCAGAUUUAUUGGGUAUUGUUACGUCUUCAGAUACGCAGUCUAGUUUGGUUUCUUUAUCCUCCUCGGUCGCACCAAGCAAUUCUAGUCUUGAUUCAUGUGCUAGUGUUCUGCCUCAUCCACCCAGUUUUUCACCAAAAUCUGUAAUGGAUAAUUUAACUGACAAUUUAUGCAUACCUUCACGUUCAGGAUCUUUGUGCGAUAGACUUCGUUUACGUCCUCACACUGUUCUUUUGAAUGAUGAUAAUGAAUCUUCUGCAGCACGUCUUAAUUUUGGUCGUCAAACUCCUAUAGCAAUUCAUAUUAAAUCAUUAUGUAGAGAGAAGAUUGAAACGAUGAGUGAUGGAUUUGAAAUAAGUGGUCGAUUAAGUCCAUCUUUAUUAGCGUCAGAUACCAAUUUAUCAAGUGCCAAAAAUCCUAACCAUAUUAAUGAUAAUGAAUAUAAAGAAAAUGUAACUGGUUCAAAUUCAAGUGAUUCACAAAACUCAUCGGUAUCAAGUUCCAUUAUGUCUGAUAUUUCCCAUAAAAUAAAGCGAAAUCAUAUCGAUCCUCCUGUUGAAAAUGAGGACUGCAAUUUAGUCCAGGUAAAACGUUUGAAAAAAUCUAGACAGUCAAGUAACAAGUCAUCAUCCCAAGAUUUUCACCUACACAAAGAAACAGUUAUCUUGGAAAACAGCUACUCUGAUAAACUUCCUCAUGAGACAAAUAAUACAAAAUCAUUUGAGGUGGGUUAAUUGUUUUAUUUUCUCAUUAGUCAGGUGUUUAAGCGAGUAGUUGCUUAUUUUAGAUUCGCUUCAUAAUAAUCAAGAAACUAUUUAUGUUAGUAAAAUAUUUUUAAAUAUUUAUCAGUGCUUGAAAUUGCAUUUCAGUAUCCACAUAUUUGUACAUAUUUAAUCCUACUUUUAAAUCGAAAUAUUGUAAUAUUGUCAAGCGAAUGAGUAUUAAUGUAAUGCACCAACAUCACUCAUUUUCACCCUAAAUGUACAUAAACUCUUGGUGUUAUCGGAUUAAAUGUGGUGGACUGAGUAAUUUUCAACAAACUAAAUUGAUGAGCCACAGAUUUGUAAUAAAUUUUUCUCGUUACUCUGUUUAUCGAAAGGGUUGAUUAAUAAUCCUCUUACAUACCUCAUACUCAGUAGAUGGGAUUUACACUGACAAAGCGAAGCGAAGCUAAAUUAAAACAUAAUACAAACGGUUAUUGGGAUCGAUUUAGUAUUACUUAUUUCUAACACAAAAUUCUUGCAUUACAGACUUCAAGAUAUGUCCUAC